GUGCUUGUUUGCGUCUAGUUUCGGGUAAAUAUUGUAGACACGCACGCACGCACGCACGCUGGCUUCGUUUAAGCGCGACAGUGAUUUGGAUUGGUGCGAAGACGAUUUCUCGGAAGAGGACGUCAAAAUGGUCGAAACGUCGCAGCAGAGGAGCGAUUUCUUCGGUAACGUUUUUCUCGGCGAAGGUUUCAAACCCGUUUACGGGAAUAAAUCGAGGGGGGCCGCCGCUUCGUCUAGCAGCACUAGUAGUUCGUUGUUUACUAUCGAUAGUAUUUUGGCGCCGAGGCCAAGUAAACCGACGGUUCAGCAAAGACCGACGAUUUUGCAGCACCAUCAUCCGAUGCCUUUGGGGCAUUUGGCUGCUUCCGGGGGCUUCGGAACUGGUCCGGCGAAUUUUUUGGCUAUGGCGUACCCGGGGCUGUAUCCCGAUUACGUGCAUGCAUUGGCGGCGGCGACUCAGGCGGCUACUUUAGCCGGCGCCGGCCACCAUCACGCGCAACACCAACCGCCUAAAAGAAAACGACGCCAUCGAACCAUUUUCAGCGAAGAGCAGCUCGAGCAGCUCGAAGCUACGUUCGAGCAAACGCAUUAUCCGGAUGUGGUACUCAGGGAACAGCUGGCCUUGAAGGUCGAUUUGAAGGAGGAGAGGGUCGAGGUGUGGUUUAAAAACCGUCGCGCAAAAUGGCGGAAACAAAAACGCGAAGAACAGGAAAGAUUAAGAAAAGUGCAAGAAGAAGACGUCGUGUGUAGUCGGCCGACGGCCGGUGACCAAACGACGCGAUUGGUCGAAUCGCAGAAUUUCUCCGAGGACGAUUCGUCGGAUCUCGAAGUGGCAUAG